AUGCUUGAGGAACACAAAUCGUCACUGCAUGCAUCGGUUCGCUCUUCCCUCCCUGCCACGCUGAAUUUCCUUACUCCUGAUCUUCGUUAUUCAGGCAGCCAUAACUUGUCUGAGUUUCCUCCUCUUUCUGCUCAUCCUUUAGCUUCUCAAUUCCACCACCACCUCUACCUCGCAGCCGCUCCAGCGACGGCCCUCCUCCAGCACUCGCUAGCCGCUCUUACCACGCUUGCUAAAGCCCCGGCUUCUGCUCCCUCCGCACCUCCAUUGGGAACGUCUCCUAUUCAUGAAACCGCUACAGCCGCUACAGCUGCUAUAGCUGGAGGUCCUACGAGCUGUCCCUCUAUGCCCGUCAGCUCUUCAGUCGUCAGGCGCCUUCUGUCAACUUCGAACUCCUCCAUUCAUCCUCACCACUCCCCUCCCGGCCGACCCGCGGGCUCGUUCCCCUCGCCAGCCGUUCUCUCCCGCCACGCUCUCCGCUCACCUCCUCGUCAUCUCUCCCCCACAUUCGCUGCGAGCACCGCGAAUCUCGUCCUUGACCAGCACCUCUCCGCGCGUCCCUUCUUCUCCUCUCGCGGUAGCAGCGGCGGCGGCGCGGAGAAGGUUGACGUGGCGUCGUCCACGCUGGCAGAUGCCGCGCGAAAGGCGGCGGGCGGACCGGCGGGAGACGCGGCGGCCGCGGCGGAGUCGCUCAAUGUGGAGAACGUGCAGAAGCUGUUUCAACAGCUGUCCACGUCAGAGGUCGCGAACGCGAUUCUCAACCUCGAAAUGGCGGCGCGGGAGAUGGUGGUGGACGCCAGCUCAGCGCUGCUGACGUCACCCGUGAUGCGAAUUCCGCUGGUGGCGGCCCCCGUGCUGUGGGGGGUGCGGAAGACGGCGCAUAAGCACUUCUGCGCGGGGGAGACGCUGGAGGAGGCGGUUGCGACGCUCGACCGCAUGCAGCAACUCGGGCUCAAAGGCAUUCUGGACUUCAGCGUGGAGGACGCGUUAGACGAUGCAACAUGCGACCGCAACAUGGAAGGGUUUCUGCGCACCAUCAGGAUGGCGUCACAGCUGUCACCACCCAUGGUGAGCUUCGCCUGUGUAAAGAUCACAGCCCUCUGCCCACUGCCCGUGCUCGAACGAGUCAGCGAACUUCUGCGCUGGGACCACAAACUCUCCUCUUCCUCCUCUUCCUCCACCUCUUCUGCCCCUACCUCAUCCUCGUCUGCUUCUGUCCCCAUGCCAUGGCGCCGCCCCUCCCUGCCCAUUCUCGCUCCCGAGUCCCCCACCUACUUCACCCCCUCCUCCGCACCCUCCCCUCUCACUCCCAGCGAGGAAGCCGCCAUCACAUCGGCUCACAAUAGGCUAAGGAAAAUCUGCGAUGCCUGCACUGAGGGCAAAUUACCCCUUUUAAUAGACGCGGAGUAUCAGUCUGUGGAACCAGCGAUUGAUUACUUAGCGUACGCGUUAAUGAUGGAGUAUAACAAGACGGGCGUGACUGUAACAGGAGGUGGGAAGGAGGGGAGCAAGACCGAAGCAGAGCUACCGUUGGUGUAUUCCACAGUGCAGUGUUACCUGCGGGAUGCGAAGCCGAGGCUGGCUGCUAGCUUCGGCGCAGCGCAGGAAGCCGGGGUUGGGUUCGGGGUGAAGCUGGUUCGGGGAGCGUAUCUGGUCCGGGAAUCCGCCGAAGCUAAGAAGCGCGGCGCGACGUCACCGGUGCAUGAGAGCAUUGAGAACACGCACAAGUGCUAUGAUGCGUGUGCGGGGAUGAUGAUUGAUGCUGCUGGGGCGGCUGCUAAGAGGGAGUCUGAGGGUGAGAGCGGGCCUGCAGCUGGAGUGGUGCUAGCAACUCACAACUAUGGAUCAGGCCGGGUGGCAGUGAUGCGAGCUGGCGACGUAGGAUUGGCUCGCACGGAUCCUCGGUUGCACUUUGCACAGCUCAAAGGGAUGGCGGAUGGGCUCUCCUUGGGACUCGGAUUUGCUGGCUUUAACGCAUCCAAGUAUCUUCCGUAUGGUCCCGUAAGGGAUGUAAUGCCUUACCUGCUGAGGCGAGCGCAUGAGAACCGAGGCGUGCUGGGCAACACUCGCGACGAGCGACAAUGGCUCAGGGCUGAACUUAUGCGCCGAAUCCGAUCGGUAUUUGGAGCUUGA